GUGUAGUUUUUCACCAAACUAACACCAAAAGCAAAGCCCUUUGGUCUUUAAUCUUUGAUCUAUGAAUCAAAGAACCCAUUUGAGGAAUCCAAUUCUCAAAAUUUAGAAGGAAAGAAAGGAAGAAAUGGAAUACAAUUCCUCCUCUCCAAGAACCAUCCCUGUAGUCUCCACAUUUGCCAACCCCUUCGACAACGACACCAAUUCCCUUACUGGUGUCAACGGCCAAACACGGAAGCCCAUAGCUUUAUGGCCAGGGAUGUAUCAUUCACCAGUAACCAAUGCUCUGUGGGAAACAAGGUCCAAGACCUUUGAAAGACUUCUCGACCCUCCUAAAGAUGCACCUCCACAGAGUGAAUUGUUGACAAAAACUCCAAAACAGAGCCGUACUAGUAUCUUGUAUAGUUUCUCUGCUGAUCAUAUCCUAAGAGAGCAGUAUAGGGAUCCUUGGAAUGAGGUCAGGAUUGGUAAAUUGCUUGAGGAUCUUGAUGCUUUGGCUGGUACCAUCUCUGUAAAGCACUGUUGCGAUGAUGAUAACACAACAAGGCCACUGCUGCUGGUCACUGCUUCUGUUGAUAAGAUUGUCCUAAAGAAGCCAAUUAGUGUUGAUAUCGAUCUUAAAAUAGUUGGUUCUGCCAUAUGGGUUGGGCGGUCAUCAAUUGACAUUCAACUGGAGGUCCUUCAGUCUACUAAAGAGACCUCUGACACUUCAGACUCAGUAGCUUUGACAGCCAACUUCAUAUUUGUAGCCCGUGACUCUAAGACUGGGAAAGCUGCUCCAGUGAAUCGGCUGUCACCUGAAACUGAACAAGAAAAGUUACUUUUUGAAGAAGCUGAAGCAAGGAGCAAGCUGAGAAAGAAGAAGAAGGUAGAAGAAAAGAAGGAAUUUGAGAAUGGGGAGGUAAAUAGACUUGAAGCAUUGUUGGCUGAGGGACGAAUAUUCUGUGACAUGCCAGCCUUAGCAGAUAGAGACAGCAUUCUUCUAAGGGAUACACACCUUGAAAACUCUUUGAUUUGCCAGCCACAGCAAAGGAACAUCCAUGGUCGCAUCUUUGGAGGUUUCUUGAUGCAUCGGGCUUUUGAGUUGGCUUUCUCAACUGCUUAUGCCUUUGCUGGAUUGGUUCCUUACUUUCUUGAAGUUGAUCAUGUUGAUUUCUUAAGACCUGUUGAUGUUGGAGACUUCCUGCGUAUCAAAUCUUGUGUUCUUUACACAGAACAUGAAGACUCAGAAAAACCACUGAUCAACAUUGAAGUUGUUGCCCAUGUUACCAGGCCUGAGUUGAGGUCCAGUGAGGUAUCCAAUACAUUUUACUUCACUUUCACUGUGCGUCGAGAGGCAAAGGCCAUGAAUAAUGGAUUUAGGAUCCGGAAAGUGGUUCCUGCAACUGAGGAAGAAGCACGCCGUGUUUUAAAGCGGAUGGAUGCGGAGUCCUUGGAAUCCAACCAAGGCAAAAGCAAAUAGGAAUAUAUAUUACAAAUUCAAGACAAUAAAUUGCCAAGUAUUUGGCAGGUGUCCAGUUCCACGCAUUGGAGGGGCAAUCAAUCUCACUUGAUAUAAAGAUUAGUCAAGUUUGCUAUUUGUAAAGAUUUCCUGAUAAAUAUAGUAUUCCUGUCACGAGGAUAUGAACUCCUGGUUUGAAAUUUACCCGCCUGUAUUUCAGUACAUUACUGGAAAAUAAGAAAUGCUUCCCCUGCCUGAUUUAA